CAGCAGCCCCGGCCAAUGUCAGCGUGCGGUGCUGGCGGCGGGAAGUGACGCCGGGUGCCCCAUGUGAGCAGCCGCCAGGCCGGAUUACAGCACAUGCAGCGGCAACGCCAGAAGCCGGUCACUACGUCACACCUAGGAGCUGCUGCUGCCUCUGGGGCCGCCGCCUCCACUGAGACUCGGCCGCGUCGUGGUCGGCACUGAGAGCCGGGAAUAAGGGUACAGCGCUCGGCCCCAGACAAGAGGAGGAGAGAAGAUGGCGGACGAUCCAAGCGCGGCGGACAGGAACGUGGAGAUCUGGAAGAUCAAGAAGCUGAUCAAGAGCUUGGAGGCGGCCAGAGGAAAUGGCACAAGCAUGAUCUCAUUGAUCAUUCCUCCCAAAGACCAAAUUUCAAGAGUAGCCAAAAUGUUGGCAGAUGAGUUUGGUACAGCGUCAAACAUCAAAUCGCGUGUGAACCGUCUGUCUGUACUGGGAGCAAUUACAUCUGUACAGCAGAGGCUUAAGCUAUAUAACAAAGUACCUCCAAAUGGUCUAGUUGUUUACUGUGGAACAAUUGUAACAGAAGAGGGAAAGGAAAAGAAAGUUAACAUUGACUUUGAACCUUUCAAACCAAUCAACACAUCUUUGUACUUAUGUGACAACAAAUUUCAUACUGAGGCUCUUACAGCUCUCCUUUCUGAUGACAGCAAGUUUGGAUUCAUUGUAAUAGAUGGCAGUGGAGCUCUUUUUGGAACUCUACAAGGAAAUACAAGAGAAGUGCUGCACAAAUUCACUGUGGAUCUUCCAAAGAAGCACGGCAGAGGAGGGCAGUCUGCGUUGCGUUUUGCACGUCUCAGAAUGGAGAAACGGCACAACUACGUCAGGAAAGUAGCGGAAACAGCUGUGCAGCUGUUUAUUUCCGGUGAUAAAGUGAAUGUAGCUGGUCUUGUGUUGGCUGGUUCCGCAGACUUCAAAACAGAGCUCAGUCAGUCGGAUAUGUUUGAUCAGCGAUUGCAAUCCAAAGUUUUGAAACUAGUAGACAUAUCUUACGGUGGAGAAAAUGGUUUUAACCAAGCAAUUGAACUAUCGAUGGAGGUCCUUUCCAAUGUGAAAUUUAUCCAAGAGAAGAAGCUAAUAGGGAGAUAUUUUGAUGAAAUCAGUCAGGACACAGGGAAGUACUGUUUUGGUGUGGAAGACACACUAAAGGCAUUGGAAAUGGGAGCUGUUGAAAUUCUGAUAGUGUAUGAGAAUCUUGAUAUCAUGAGAUACGUCUUACGAUGUAAUGGUUCUGAAGAGGAGAAAGUUCUUUAUUUAACACCAGAACAAGAAAAGGACAAAUCACACUUCACUGACAAAGAGACUGGACAAGAGCACGAGCUGAUAGACAGUAUGCCUCUACUAGAAUGGUUUGCUAAUAACUACAAAAAAUUUGGAGCAACACUGGAGAUUGUUACAGACAAGUCACAAGAAGGAUCCCAAUUUGUGAAAGGAUUUGGAGGAAUUGGGGGUAUCUUGCGGUACAGAGUGGAUUUUCAAGGAAUGGAAUACAGUGGAGGAGAUGAUGAAUUUUUUGACCUUGAUGACUACUAGGUAGUCGACAUGGGUCUGGCAGAGUGUGCCUAACCCUCCAGCAUCCAACCCAAGCAGAAAUUUCAUGGUGGAGAACGCAGAUCCUUGCCUUAGAAUUAAACAUUUCCAGUACUUUCUCUAUAAGCAUUGGAUAUGAGAAAUGAAACCUUUUUUUUUUUUUUUUGGUCUGUCAUGAUGCAAAUUAAACCGCAAGGCUCCCUCGUGAUGCCACUUGGACAACUUUGACAGUAAUCCGUUUCUACUUAUGAGGAAAUCAUUUUGUCUUGUAUUUUAAGAAAAGGAUUUUUUUUUUAAAUCUGGCUGAUAGCUUGCUUUAAAUAUCCAUGCAAGUUUAAUACACCAUUAUGCUUUUUUUAUUCUACGUCAUUGUGGAGGAGGGGUUAAAAACAACAUUGUUAAGCCAUCCAUUUAUAUUGUUUGAAUUUUCAAAAUAAAGAAUGGACGAGUACACAAUUUCCACUUAAAGAUGUAUAGCAAAAAUACAUUAUUUAUCUGCUAUUUAAAUUAGUGAAUAUUCACAGUUCUAAAAAAACAUGCACAUUGACCAAACUUGUGGGAGAAACGGCACCAAAGUGACGUUUCAAGCUUGCAUUAGCAUGAGGAUAUGCAGUAUCAUCCUUGCAUGAUACGUGUAAAAUUACUAAACUCUUAAAAAACAACCUACAGAUUGCACUGCUUUCAUUCAUCUACCUUACUGCAAAUCUGACUGGUCUUAACACUCUAAUGUCUAAUACCAAUAAUGAAAUUUGUAUGUAGUAGCCAACUCUCACAACUACAACAUUGUCUAAUAUUAAUAGUGAUAAAUAUGCAAAAGUUGAAACUUCUGACCUCCACGUCUUUGAACUGGUUUCUCAGUUUAAUUUUAUUAAUUUGUUUUAGUCAUUUUUGUGACUUUAUUUUCCUUACCUAGUAUGGAUAUUUACUGUCAUAGGUCAGUAAGUCUCAUUUGUUUAGUUUCUUUCAGUUGUGUGCUUCUAUAAUCAUUUGACACAGAAGCUUUGAAUAUACAGUGUGCAAAUUCUCUUGCAUUUUUUUUAGACACUGUCAAUUUGCUACUUAAUCCUAUUUAAAUGAAAACAAUCCACAACUCACUCUGGACGGUCCACUUAUACUGGUUUCAUUUUUAUCUUUGUCUAAGUUCACUAAACCUAUUGUAACAUUGAUUUUCUUUUUUUAAUGCUGCAUAGACUUAUGGUAAUUGUAAGUUGGAUUUUACUGUCCCUUUUAAAGACAGUCCUGUUGUACUUAUUUUGUAGUACUAAUGGCUUCCAAAAUAAGUGUUUUGCAGUGUCCUCAUCCUUUGGAAUGAACAGUUUCAAUACAAGGGUCUAUUAUAUAAGUUUUCUAAGAGAAAAACCAUUGGAUGUAAAUUUGCAUUGACUUUGAAAGCUCUACCUAUUCCACAGUACUAUUUAGAAUAUUUGUUUUCUUUAAUUUUUUUUUCAUUUAGCUAUAUUUGGAAUUGAUGCCAAAUUUUUGUAUUUCUUUAAUGUGUUAUUUUCAGUGGCACAUCAUAUACAUAUAUGUACAAAUACAAUGGAGUACAAUUCUUAACAGAUUUCCUCAAAUGAGUAUUCCCAAGCAGUAAUAACUUGGUGUUGUGAUGUACAGAAAUGGAGAAAAGUAUUAAACCAUAUUUAAGAAUA